AUGUCUCUACUCCGUUUCUCCAUGCUCGCUAGCACGCUUCUGGGUCUUGCAGGUGCCGCCUAUCUACAAGGACAUCAUUCAGCGCCCACAAACGAGAACAACCAAUACGCCCUGCAAAAUGACCGGCAGGCCAUCCUCGAGGACUUCGCGUACAUCUUCUACACCGAAAAGAAAGUUGCAGAAGCAUUCACCAAAUACGUGACUGAGAACUACACACAGCAUAACCCGAACAUCUUGGACGGAAGACAGGCUGCCAUAGAAGCUUUAACUCCGUUGUUCUCGACAGAGGGUAUCGUCUUUGAAACCCACCAGGUCUUUGUGGGCGGCGACUAUGGGCUUGUUCACGUCAAGGCCGUUACACCAGGACAGAAUGAUACAGCGGUCAUGGAUAUGUAUCGCUUUGAGGGCUUGAAGAUUGUGGAGCACUGGGAUGUAUUGCAAACUAUGACCGCAGGGAUCAACCCUCAUCCGUUUUUUUAG